AUGGGAAAUCAAAAGGAGGACAUGAACGCCUUGCUGUCUUACAAGUUCAACGGCGUUGAAAAGUCGUUUCUGGUAGAAUACUGCCAGCUCAAAUACUGGGAGCGCAUUCUCGACCACAUACCUCCAUGGGUUGCUCCAAACGCAAUUACUCUUAUAGGAUUUCUCGCCAUGGCGGCGCAGACACUUUUUGUCUUCUAUCUAGAUCCGGCCCUGAUGGGGAACGUAAGAUGGCUUCCUGCCCUGAGCGCCGCUGUGAUAUGGUUUUACUCCACAAUGGACUGCAUCGACGGAAUGCAGGCCCGGAAAACAGGGGCCAAGUCUCCGCUGGGCCAGCUGUUUGACCACGGCGUGGACUCUGUGGUGUGCACCUUUAUAGUGUACUGCUUGGCGUCGGCGCUUGGCAUUAAAAACAAGAAAACCGUUCUGGCCAUGCUUGUAUGCUCGCAGACCGUGUUCUACUGGGUGACCACAAAAGAGUACUAUACAAAGCUUUUCUACCUGGGGUUUAUAGGGCCCACAGAGUGCAUUGCAAUGGUGUGCAUAUUGCUGAUUGUAAUAAGCGCUGCAGGCAAAGACCGAGUUGUGUACUUCAACUCGUGGGCCACCAAAAACUUUGACGCGCUCGUGCAGGGUGUUUGCGUUUCUGCAUGGGUGCUAGCCACGGCGUACUACAUAUGGGACAUUGCAUACUGCGAAGAGUUUGGAAUGGUAUACAACAGCACAAAGACUGCAAAGGCCAUGCAGAUAGUGCCGCACUUCUUGUUUGUUCUCACACAGGUGAUAUCCGGGCUCUGCAUUGCAUCGGCCAGCCAGGCCACGGUUUCGCAGGUGUUUUAUCCAUACAUAGGGCUGUAUACCAUGUGUUUCUCUAUGUUCACCACGCUGACAAUAAAGUCGCACCAGCUGUCAACAAAAAUCAUGAUCCCGAAUUCUCUGAUAGCUCUGACCAUAAUAGCCAACCUGCUUUUAGUCUUUUCCGCGCCAAAGAAAACGCAUCUCUCCAUAAACAUCGUGUUUGUUUUGGGGCUGACAAUAUACACGCUAAUGGUCAAAGAGAUCAUUGAAGGAUACUUGAAGGUUCUCAAAAUACCCUUUUUCUUCAACAACUAUAAAGGUAAAUAG